UUCCGUAGUUAGAAAUCAACCUUUGCCAGGUACAAGUGGGGUUUAUGAGACUAAUCCGAAUUCCGACGAUGGAAAGCCCUUCCUUCCGACCCCACAUGCCCCACCGCCUGACGAUAUACCAGAAGAACAAGACAUCUAUAGUCCCUCAAAUCCCAUUGAGCCUUCCUUGCCGCCUCCAAAUAUUUCGGCCUUCGACGCAGGCAUCGUCUCUGACCAAACGAGUCCAACUCUCCAAUUGAUUUGGGAUGCAAAUCCAAAGGGCCCCUUGAGCAUGAAUUCCCCAGAUAUCCAGCUCUUUAUAGAUGUGCUCCGCAGUAAUCAACAUUCUAAGCUCAUAAAGCUGAUAAAAUGGAUGCUCGAGUCUGAUUGGUACCGCAAAAAUACUGAAGAACAGCUUCCUCCCGAAAAUUCAGGUUUAAGGAGCCUGAUCAAACCCAGAGGGAGCGCCGAAGCAUGUAGUAGUCCCUUUAGCGCCUUUCUAUCGGAAAAGAUGGGAAGGUCAUCUUACGACUGUCUACUUUGCCGCAAUGAGCCCGGUAAACGACGGGUGACAAGGAGUCUCGUGAGAGCAUUGGGACACGCGCGACAACAUUUUCGCUACACAAAGAUUGACGGCUACUAUGACGAGAAUACUCGAAAAGAUCAAGAAAGGCGCCAUCAAAGACCUCCCAAGUACUGCAGUGUCUGUAAGCGUAAAGGUGCAAUACAAAAUUGGAAGCGACACUGCACGACAGUGACACAUAAGAAAAAGGCUGCUGCUGCCACCGCCGCCAAGUUAGUAUCCGAACUAUAUCCUCGACUUUGUAUCUUGACAUUUGACGCGCUCAGGUCCAACCAAGAAAAUCGCUAG